AUGUCAAACGCCGGGUAUAAGGCUAUGGGAUUCCUCUUUAUUGGAGGGUUAAGUUGGUAUACUGGACUUAAGUUCUGGCAACCUAUAGUCAUUGAACAACUUAAAAAGGACCACAGUUUGAGAGACGAUGUUUACAUUAAUGAAGACUUUGAUGAUCAACCAAAAUCAUGGCAAGACUUGAAAGAUAAAGUUGCACAAGCACUUGAAAGGCCAGAGCCUCCACAAGAAAGACAGUUGAACAGCAGGGUAGCCUUAUCAACUUCUUCAUCCCAGGAUGAAAGUAGUCUGUCCAAGUAG